AUGGGAAAUUAUUCGAAAUAUUUAUCAAUUGUCAAGGAAAAGAAUACCGUGGACGAAAAAAAGGUAUUAGCUGACUUCGUGUAUGAGAAAGAUCCAAGUAUUGACACGAAAAAAAUAACCCGACAAAAGGUACCAGGGUUUCCUUAUGCGGAAAUUUGGGACGGAGUAUUCUCAGAAGAUGAAUGCAAUGCAAUGAUAUCGUCUCUUGAAAAAAGUGGGGAGUUUUCUUUCUGGAAUCCAGGAAAUUCUGCUAAGAAGAGUUACAGAAAUGUGGAUACUAUUGAGGGAAAUAUGUAUUCCCUAUCCAAAUUCAUUUGGGGAAGAAUUAAAAACGUUUUUAAUUUUCAUGAAUUUGAGAUAACUGAAAAUGAUAGUUAUAGUGAGGAAGAUAAUGUUGGAAAAUGGGAAUCAAUAGGGAUUUACGAAAAGAUGUUUUUUGGAAGAUACCAGGACGGAGGCCAUUUUGGGCCCCACACGGACUGCUCAGUCUGCAUAGACACAAACACUCGUACUCUUUGGACACUUCUAAUAUAUUUGAACACGGUCCCAGAGGAAGCAGGUGGUGCAACCUCAUUUGUGGACGAAUCCCAAAAGACACAGAAACGAUUUAUUGAUGAGUCUGGUCGAGAAAGAACAAACCCAAGUAAUGUGAUUACCAAAGUACAGCCAAAGGCUGGCAGAGCUGUGAUAUUUUUUAUCGCAGACAUGCACGAGGGUGAACCCUUGUGUUCUGGAUACACGAAAUAUAUAUUAAGAACAGACAUACUUUUUAGGAGAGUAAACCCCAUACUAACUAGUGAGGCCGACCAAAAAGCAUAUGUUCUUUGGCUAAAGGGGAAGGAUUUCAUAUAUAGAGGGGAAUUGGAGAAAGCAAAUGAAAUUUUUAGAGAGGUUUCAAAAAUAUCUCCUGAACUCGCAACAAAAUUUAAAUGCUUAAGCUAA